AGUUGAAGGUGCGUUUCCCGCCAGGGUAGGGGAGGCGUGAUGCCAGGCGCAGCUUGAUGACGACAUUUCGGCGCCGGGUAGCCGAAUGGCGGUCUCCUUCCCUUAGGCGCGGGAGUUUAUGGGUUCCACAGUGGUUUCCUAAGACGGCCGUUGUCUGCGGGUCCCGAGAGGUUGCAAUGGCGUUUCCUCACCUGCAGCAGCCCAGCUUUCUGCUGGCUAGCCUGAAAGCUGACUCUAUAAAUAAGCCCUUUGCACAGCGGUGCCAAGACUUGGUUAAAGUCAUCGAGGAUUUUCCAGCAAAGGAGCUGCACGCCAUCUUCCCAUGGCUGGUGGAGAGCAUUUUUGGCAGCCUGGACGGUGUCCUUCUCGGCUGGAACCUCCGCUGUUUGCAGGGACGCAUGAGUCCUGUGGAAUACAGCAUUGCAAUGGAAUUUCUAGACCCCGGUGGCCCAAUGAUGAAGUUGGUUUAUAAGCUUCAGGCCGAAGAUUAUAAGUUUGACUUUCCUGUCUCCUACCUGCCUGGCCCCGUGAAGGCGUCCAUCCAGGAGCGCGUGCUCCCUGACAGCCCUCUGUACCACAACAAGGUCCAGUUCCCCCCGACAGGGGGUCUUGGCCUCCACUUGGCCCUCAAUCCGUUCGAGUACUACAUGUUCUUCUUUGCUUUAAGCCUCAUCACUCAAAAGCCACUCCCUGGGGCUCUCCACAUAAGAACUUCAGACUGUGCCUAUUUCAUCCUCGUGGACCGGUACCUGUCAUGGUUCCUGCCCACAGAAGGCAGUGUGCUCCCCCCGUUCUCCUCCAGUCCUGGGGGGCCCAGCCCCUCACCAGCUCCCAGGACACCAGCCAUGCCCUUCGCUUCCUAUGGCCUCCACCACACCAGCCUCCUGAAGCGACAUGUCUCUCAUCAGACGUCUGUGAAUGCAGACCCCGCCUCCCAUGAGAUCUGGAGGUCCGAGACACUACUCCAGGUUUUUGUUGAAAUGUGGCUUCAUCAUUAUUCCUUGGAGAUGUACCAAAAAAUGCAGUCCCCUCAUGCCAAGCUGGAGGUUCUGCACUACCGACUCAGUGUCUCCAGCGCCCUCCACAGCCCUGCCCAACCCAGCCUCCAGGCCCUUCACGCCUACCAAGAGUCAUUCACGCCCACCGAGGAGCACGUGCUGGUGGUGCGCCUGCUGCUCAAACACCUGCACGCCUUCUCCAACAGCCUGAAGCCCGAGCAGGUCUCUCCGUCCACCCACUCCCACGCCACCAGCCCCCUGGAGGAGUUCAAACGGGCUGCUGUCCCAAGGUUUGUACAACAGAAGCUCUACCUCUUCCUGCAGCACUGCUUUGGCCACUGGCCCCUGGAUGCAUCAUUCAGAGCCGUUCUGGAGAUGUGGCUGAGCUACCUGCAGCCCUGGAGGUACGCACCUGAGAAGCCGGCUCCGAGCAGCGACUGCCAGCCCCGGGCUGUGUCAGAGAGAUGGGCGCCCUUUGUGCAGGAGAACCUGCUUAUGUACACUAAGCUCUUCGUGGGCUUUCUGAGCCGUGCGCUCCGCACUGACCUGGUCAGCCCCAAGAACGCGCUCAUGGUGUUCCGAGUGGCCAAAGUCUUUGCCCAGCCCAACCUGGCUGAGAUGAUCCAGAAAGGGGAGCAGUUGUUCCUGGAGCCUGAGCUCGUCAUCCCACACCGCCAGCACCGACUCUUCACAGCGUCCCCCUUUACGGGCAGCUUCCUGUCCUCGUGGCCACCGGCCGUCACCGACACCUCCUUUAAGGUGAAGAGCCACGUCUACAGCCUGGAGGGCCAGGACUGCAAGUACACCCCGAUGUUUGGGCCUGAGGUCCGGACGCUGGUCCUGCGCCUGGCUCAGCUUAUCACGCAGGCCAAGCAGACCGCCAAGUCCAUCUCUGACCAGUGUGGGGAGAGCACACCCGGCCGCCCCUUCCUGUCGUGGCUGGGCUUCUACUCCACAGAUACGAACGGCUGCUACCCAGCCAACGACCUGGACGAGAUGGGGCAAGACAGCGUCCGCAAGACUGACGAGUACCUAGAGAAGGCUCUGGAGUACCUGUGCCAGAUGUUCCGACUCAGUGAGGCCCAGCUCGCCCAGCUCACGCUCGCCCUGGGGACGACACAAGAUGAGAAUGGGAAGAAGCAGCUCCCAGACUGCAUCGUGGGAGAGGAUGGGCUCAUCCUUACACCCCUGGGCCGCUACCAGAUCAUCAAUGGGCUACGGAGGUUCGACAUCGAGUACCAGGGGGACUUGGAGCUACAGCCCAUCCGGAGCUACGAGAUCGCUAGCCUGGUCCGCAUGCUCUUCCGACUGUCAUCCGCCAUAAACCAGAGGUUUGCAGGCCGGAUGGCAGCCCUGUGUGCCCGGGCCGACUUCCUUGGCAGCUUUUGCCGCUACCAUCUCACAGAGCCCGGGCUGGCAGGCAGGCGCCUGCUGAGCCCUGUGGCGCGGGGGUCUGCAGCCAGCCGGGCCCGGGGUCCGAGGCUCAGCCUGCGCUUCCUGGGCAGCUACCGGACGCUGCUGUCGCUGCUUCUAGCUUUCUUCGUAGCCUCCCUGUUCUGCGUUGGGCCCCUGACCUGUGCCCUGCUCCUUGUGCUGGGCUACCUCCUCUACGCUGUGGCCAUGACGCUGCUCACUGAGCGAAGCAAGCUGCACCAGCUCUGACCUCAGGCCACACACGACCCUGGCUAGGCCGGCAGGAGGGACAUGUAGCCCCUCGCUUGGGCCUGGAGGUCACCUCCAAGCAACAGGUCAUUUUCCUGCAGCCACGGAGCUAUGCGUAAGAGAGGCUAAAACAAGGAGGGUGUGGGCCGGGCCAGGCCAGGCGAGGACGAGCGUGGCAUCCAUUGGCCUGUUAGUCUCACAGGACAGCCGCGGACCCGGCUGCUCGAUCCUCCCUGCUCCCCUCAGCCCCAGGCCCUGCCGUGACACAGCACUCGAGGCCUUUCUCUGCUCUGACCAUCCUGGGUUGAGCUGUGUGCUCCCCAGAUGGGGCCUUGCCAUCUGUCAGGUUGGCAGGGUGGUGCAAGUCCCCUUUCCCUGGUGACAGCAGGACGGGAGCUCAGCCUCUGAUUCCAGAGAAGAAUCCCAAACCCUAGAGGCUCCUGAGAAAGUUAAGAGGGUGGUUCUGGUUCCUGACUAUAAAGCAAGGUUCUCCCAUCACAUUUGGCAAAGUGAGGGUCAUUCUUCACACCUUCCCGGCAGUUCCAACGCUGGGCCAUCCGAUUCCACCUAGUAGGAGAAAAGACCCUCCAGGAGAACAGAUGCUUAGUGGGAUGGAGCUUCACCUCUGCCUCCCUCCUCGCCCCCGUGCUAUUAAACAUGUCACUUGGUGGUGGCCCAGCCUCACUGCCCAGCCAGGAUGGGUGCACAUGUCCCAGGGGCAGAGAGGAUGCGGCAGGGCCAUGGGAGUCGGGCAGCGUCUGGUCUGCAACCAAAGAUGGUCACAGGAUUAUUUGUAUCUUCAGUAAAAUCAGGUGCAAAGGCCCUAACUUUUUUAUGACAUUUAAAUGUUCAAUUACACAUUCAUGGUCAGCAGUCAUCCCCACAGGGACUCAGGCACUUUUGUUCAUCAUAUGGUGACACACCAGAGAAAACAUCUGAACAACGAUUUUAAACCAA